CCCCGAGCUAAGCAACAAACAGCGGUUCGAGUAUUUCUUCCGCACGAUUCCCUCCGACCACUACCAAGUAAAGGCCAUGGUUGAGAUCGUCAAGAAACUGGGAUGGUCUUAUAUCUCGAUCAUCUACGAGGAAUCCAACUACGGCAUAAAGGCCUUCGAGGAGCUGGAGGACCUCCUUGCAGCCAACGCCAUCUGCAUCGCCGUCAAGGAGAAGCUCGUGAAGGACUCGGGCGUGGCGGAGGAAGUCGCCUACGACCUGAUUGUGCAGCGCCUCCUUCAGAAGCAGCGCGCCCGGGGCGUCAUCAUCUUCGGCUCGGACCAGGAAGUCGCGGGCGUCAUGAGAGCCGUCAGGAGGAACAACGCCACAGGAAGCUUCUCGUGGAUCGGGUCCGACGGCUGGUCCGCGCGCUCUCUCGUGUCCUCAGGUAACGAGCCCGAGGUCGAAGGAACCCUCUCGGUGCAGCCCCAGGCCAACCCCGUGCGAGGUUUCGAUGAAUACUUCCUGGCGCUGACGGUGGAGAGGAACAAGAGGAACCCCUGGUUUGUCGAGUACUGGGAGCACCAAUUUCGAUGCAGAUAUCCCAAUGCCUCACGAACGCCUUACAACGACGCCUACAAUAAACCGUGCACGGGGAGGGAGAGGCUCACUGCGCAGAAUACGGAAUUCGAGAGUAGCACUAUCACGCUUGGGGAUAUGCAUAAGGACCUGUGUGGUGGGCAGUGGGGCCUAUGUGCUGAGAUGACACCCGUCGAUGGUGAACAACUACUGAAUUACUUGAGGAAGGUGGCUUUCCUAGGACUUAGUAAAGAUGACUUUAAGUUCGACAGCCAGGGUGAUGGUCCUGCUCGCUACAACAUUAUCCAUUUCAAGCAGACAAGCAAGUUUCGCUACAGCUGGGUCACCGUCGGUCAUUAUGUUGAAGGGGAGCUUAUGCUGAAUAUGUCAGCCCUUCAGUUCAAGUUGGAGGAACCGUCGCCCCCCGCCAGUGUGUGCUCUCUGCCCUGCCUCACGGGUCAGGCCAAGAAGUACGUGGAGGGCGAGUCGUGCUGCUGGCAUUGCUUCAACUGCUCCACCUACCAGAUAGUGAACCCCUAUGACGAGACGCAGUGCCUCACGUGUGACUGGGGGACGCUGCCCUCGCCUGACCACCUCAGGUGCAACCCCAUACCCGAGGUGUACAUCCAGACGGACUCCUGGUGGGCGAUCGGGGCCAUGCUCUUCUCCUCCCUGGGCGUGGUGCUCACGGGCGUGGUGGUGUGGGUGUUCGUGAGCCACAACGACACGCCCGUGGUGAGGGCGUCUGGGCGGGAGCUGUCGUACGUGUUGUUGUCUGGAGUCUUCCUGUGUUACGCCGUUACGUUUGUUUUCGUUCUUAAGCCUACAGCGGUGGUGUGCGGAUGCCAACGGUUUGGCCUUGGCUUCUGCUUCGCCGUCGUGUAUAGCGCCCUGCUCACGAAGACCAACCGAAUCUCCAGGAUCUUCAACGCAGGGAAACGAACAGCCAAGAGACCUUCCUUCAUUACGCCUAAAUCGCAGCUGUGUAUCUGUUUUUCAAUAGCAAACACACUGAGUCCUAAUGACGGUCCCAUGCCGCCCACACUCCCCCAGGUGAUGAUCACAGCGGUCUGGGGCGUCGUGAGUCCCCCCCGGGCGAUCCAUCAUUAUUUAGUGAGGGAGGAUAAUUUCUUGGUGUGCGCGGCUUCAAUCAACGCGUCUUAUAUGAUCGCUUUUGCUUAUCCUAUAGGACUGAUUGUUGUGUGCACGGUAUACGCUGUUCUCACCCGCAAGAUUCCCGAGGCGUUUAACGAAAGUAAACACAUCGGCUUCACCAUGUACACUACCUGUAUCAUCUGGCUUGCCUUUGUGCCCAUCUACUUCUCCACGGCUAAUAAUGUCGAGCUCUACAUCAUCCUCCUGCACCCGGAGAGGAACGUCCGUCAGAGCAUGAUGCCGGCAGCCAAGUACUCCGCCAUCAAGACUAAUCUCUCUACGUCCUCGCAAAGAGUCGACUCCUUCAUCUUCCCCGUGGACUACGAGCUCCACGAGAAGCUGCGGACGAUGGGCUGCGGACCGUCGCUGAGGACGAGCAGCGCGACGCAGACAACACCCAUAACACAGAGACUUGCAAAAUGCUGGAUAACUACUAUAAGGACUCAAGGAAAUAAAAAUAUAAGUGAAGCAUAUAACAGUAAUCUAAUACCACUAAUGCCUCAACCUGUAGUACCAAAAGAUACUUCUCACACUUGUCACUAG